AUGGAGUUUGGAGCAGGUCACUUGGCUUCUCUUCAGCCACCCCACACCCAACCUUGGUCCCUGAGAGAAAGUGCGACGUUGUGGAGUCUUCGGUGGAAGGGAGAUAAACUGAGUCGGUGCCUGAUGGUCUCUUCAGCAAUCCCACCUGCCCUGGAUGAGUGGAGAGGAGACAUCAUCAUCCCAGAGGACUUCCUAGCAGCAUUGCUCAAAGUAUCACCUGGCCAAGUAGAGAUCACCGUGGGAGUCAUGGAUGAGAAUGCCACCAACAUCUCCACUGGCUUGCUUGCUGUGCUGGACCCCCAAGGAGCCCAAGCUGCUUCCUUCCCAUUCAACUUCAGCUAUGGCGACUAUGAUAUGCCCUUGGAUGAAGAUGAGGAUGUCACCAACUCUCGGACUUUCUUUGCUGCCAAGAUUGUCAUUGGCAUGGCCCUGGUGGGCAUCAUGCUAGUCUGUGGCAUUGGCAACUUCAUCUUCAUCACUGCCCUGGCCCGAUACAAGAAGCUUCGCAACCUCACCAACCUACUCAUCGCCAACCUGGCCGUCUCUGAUUUCCUGGUGGCCAUUGUCUGCUGCCCCUUUGAGAUGGACUACUACGUGGUACGCCAGCUCUCCUGGGAGCAUGGCCACAUCCUGUGUGCCUCUGUCAACUACCUGCGUACUGUCUCUCUCUAUGUCUCCACCAAUGCCCUGCUGGCUAUUGCCAUUGACAGAUAUCUGGUCAUCGUCCACCCGCUGAGACCCCGGAUGAAGUAUCAAACAGCCACCGGCUUGAUCGCCUUGGUGUGGGUGGUGUCCAUCCUCAUCGCCAUCCCUUCCGCCUACUUCACAACGGAAACGGUUCUCAUCAUCGUCAAGAACCAGAAGAAGAUCUUCUGUGGCCAGAUCUGGCCAGUGGACCAGCAGAUCUACUACAAGUCCUACUUCCUUUUCAUCUUCGGCCUCGAGUUCGUGGUCCCGGUGCUCACCAUGACCCUGUGCUACGCCAGGAUCUCGCGGGAACUCUGGUUCAAGGCCGUCCCUGGUUUCCAGACGGAGCAGUUGCGGAAGCGGCUGCGCUGCCGCCGGAAGACGGUGCUGGUGCUCAUGUGCGUCCUCACCGCCUACGUGCUGUGCUGGGCGCCCUUCUACGGCUUCAGCCUCGUGCGCGACUUCUUCCCCAACGUGUUCGUGAAGGAGAAACACUACCUCACCGCCUUCUACAUCGUGGAGUGCAUCGCCAUGAGCAACAGCAUGAUCAACACCCUGUGCUUCGUGACUGUCAAGAACAACACCAUCAAGUACUUCAAGAGGAUCGUGCUGCUCCACUGGAAGUCAUAUAACGGGAGUAAGUCCAGUGCGGACCUUGAUCUCAAAACCACGGGGGUGCCUGCCACGGAGGAGGUGGACUGCAUCCGGCUGAAGUAA